CUACCGACUCUCUGAUAGUGAAUUGAUAGUGCCACAAACGUAUUCAGGGUCUGAAGCUGGACGGGGAUGUUCCGACUCUACUCUACGGAUAUGGAGGUUUCAACAUCUCGCUCUCUCCCUCCUUCAGCACCACACGCAUCAUCUUCAUGCAGCACCUUGGAGGAGUGUAUGCCCUGGCCAACCUCAGAGGAGGAGGGGAGUAUGGUGAUAGCUGGCAUAAGGGUGGGAUGCUGGGAAACAAGCAAAACGUGUUUGACGACUUUGUCUCGGCGGCAGACUACCUCGUCCAGAACAAGUACACCAACCCCAGCCGACUGGCCAUACAGGGAGGGUCCAAUGGAGGUUUACUGGUGUGUGCUGCAGCCAACCAAAGACCAGAUCUCUUCAAAUGUGUCAUCUCUCAAGUCGGGGUGUUGGAUAUGCUGAGAUUCCACAAGUUUACCAUUGGCCAUGCCUGGAUGACAGACUACGGCAGUCCCGACAAAGAAGAAGACUUCAACUACAUAAUCAAGUAUUCGCCACUGCACAACAUAACAGUUCCACCUCCCGACGUCCAGUACCCAGCGGUACUGCUGCUCACAGCCGACCACGACGACCGCGUGGUGCCACUACACUCAUUCAAGUUCAUCUCACAGCUACAGCACACCAUGAAGGACCAACAAAACCAGGUCUGGCCGGCUCCCCUCAGAGUUCAAAUGUUGAUAGUUCAAAUUCAAGUUUGGCCAAAUUUCAAAUCUGAGCGUCCCACCGUCCCUAUAAUUCCGUGUUCUCGUGUCUGUAGGUGAAUCCUCUGACGAUUAGGAUUGAAACAAAGGCAGGUCACGGAGCUGGCAAGCCAACUGCUAAAGUGAUUGAAGAAAUGGCAGAUGUCUAUGGCUUUAUUGCUAAGAACAUUGGUGCCACGUGGAAUUAGGAGAUAAUUAUAUAGAAACACUAUUCAUCUUUAUACAGCUGUUUUAUAGACCACUGAUAAUUAUUCUGCAUCAAAAUACUGUGUAUAAAAAUGUGAUGCUGGAUGUUAUGUAACGUACAGUGAUGGGAAUAGUCAAGUUCUGGACUGUCUUCCUGUUAUUCUCUCCCACAGUGUCUUCUCUGGCCGCUUCUUCUGAACUUCAGUUGAAAGAAUUUCGGAAGCAAUCUUCUCAAUGGGCACCUGUUCCUCACUCAACACGGAAUAGUUCCUUUCUCUGAAUACAGGUUUCGAUGAUGGUCACUCACCAGUCGCUCCAGGCUUCUCACUGCUGCUUCUGCUGCCAUUGGGUCAGUUUUGACUAAUUCCUUGAAUGUCUGUUCGUAGGUCGUCCUCAGAAACUCUCCCAGAUCUCUUCCCUUCCUCGAUGAGUUCACCGGCCAUCUCCCUAUCCCCGACUGCAGUCUUCUCAGUAACGAGAGCGUCUCUUUCGGAAUCAUGACUUCAGGCUCGACUUCAGGGAUACACGUGUACACGUUU